AUGGAAUUCCACCCCAAACUCAUCAUCCUCCUACUCACAGCCCUAGUAAUCGCCGGCGAGUCCUUCCGACGCUACCUGAAGCGCCGCCAAUUCGCCCGCCGCCAUGGCUGCGAACCGGUGGCACGAUCCUUCAGUAAAGACCCUUUCCUAGGCCUGGACACCAUCCUCGGAACAAUGCGCACAAGAAGAGAGCAUCGUAUCCUCGAGCGAAGCUGCAAUCUAUUUCGCACUCUCGGCAACACAUUCACCGUCAAAGAGCUGGGCCGUAGUGCAAUCUUGACCAUCGAGCCCGAAAACAUCAAGACAGUCUUAUCCCUCAACUUCAACGACUACAGUCUCAAACACCGCUACGAGGCAAUGAAGCCUCUUCUCGGAGAAGGCAUCUUCAACACGGACGGCCACCACUGGGCCACAUCGCGCGCGCUUAUCAGACCGAGUUUUGCCCGCGAGCAGGUGACUGAUCUGCGCUUGUUGGAGGAGUUGAUCCAGGAUCUAUUCGCGUUACUCCCACGGGAUGGGAGCACAGUAGACUUGCAGGAACUAUUCUUCCGGUAUACAAUUGACUCCGCGACGGAAUUCCUCUUCGGACAGUCGGUGGGCGCGCUGAAGGAGAGUCACUCGGAGGUCGGGUUCGCGGAGGCGUUUCAUUAUGCCCAGAUGGCGAUCCCAAUGCGGGGAAUGCUGGGUCCGCUUGGUGUCUUCUUUCGUGAUAGGAAGGCUGAGGAGUGUAAUCGCAUCUGUCGGGACUUUGUGCAGAGGUUUGUUGAUGAGGCUCUCUAUGCGGCUGCGACGAGGAAGGAAGAUGAAGCGACGGAGACUAAGCGGAAAUACAUCUUCUCUCAUGAGUUGGCAUCCCGGACAUCUGAUAAGCAGCGAAUCUUGGAUGAGUUGAUGAAUGUGCUCCUAGCUGGCCGGGACACGACAGCCAGUCUUCUUGGGAAUAUGUUCUUCGUGCUGGCGAAGAGCCCAGCUAUUUGGGCAAAACUGCGCGCUGAAGUUGAAACUCUGCAGAACCGGCCACCGACGUACGAGGAGCUGCGCGGCCUGAAGUAUGUUCAGUGCUGUGUGAAUGAAUCCCUGCGCCUUCACCCUGUCGUCCCCCGCAACGAACGCGAAGCAGCCAAAGACACAAUACUCCCUGUGGGCGGAGGCAAAGAUGGUCUCUCUCCCGUCUUCGUCCCCAAAGGAGCUAUCGUCGGAUACAACGUCUACGCCAUGCAUCGUCGACCCGACAUCUACGGUCCAGAUGCAGAGGUAUUCCGCCCUGAGCGCUGGGAAGAUGGGAAGCUUCAGCCGCGCUGGGGAUAUUUGCCGUUCAAUGGCGGACCGCGGAUCUGUAUUGGUCAGCGCUACGCCUUGACAGAGGUCAGCUAUGUUCUUGUGCGGAUGGUGCAGGAGUUUCGUAGCCUGGAGAGUCGGGACCCCGGACCCUGGGUGGAGGGGUUGGCGUUGACACUUUGUUCGAGGAAUGGGGCCAAAGUUGGCCUAAUUCCAAGCCAUACAAAUUAA